AUGGCUAGGCGUCAUGGAUGGGAACUUCCUUUUCACACUUUUCAGGUCGUGGCUAUAACAGUAUUUUUCUUGCUAUCUAUUGCAUAUUAUGCCUUCUUUGCUCCUUUUCUUGGAAAGGACAUCUAUGAGUAUGUGGCUAUUGGUGUUUACUCUUUAUUGGCUCUCUCUGUGUUCUUUCUUUAUGUUCGAUGCACUGCUAUUGAUCCUGCUGAUCAAGGUGUAAAGCUUGACUGUGAUAAGUCAUCAAAGAAUAGAUCAAAACAUGAUGAGGAGUUGGCAGAACCGAGCAAGAUAAUGUCUGAUCGGCAUAAUUCAAAUUGGUGCUCCAAAGUUGGAUGCUUCUUCUGUAGUUUUCUUGUUAGAGAAGAUUGCCGCAGUAAUGAAGAUAUUGUUCCGCAGCAGCAAUCUGGAGAAGAGGAUGCUUUGUUCUGCACUUUGUGCAAUGCUGAGGUACGCAAGUUCAGUAAGCAUUGUCGAAGUUGUGACAAAUGUGUUGAUGGAUUUGAUCAUCAUUGUCGGUGGUUGAACAAUUGUGUUGGAAAGAAGAAUUAUAUCACGUUUGUGUGUCUUAUGGCAGUGAGCCUAGUUUGGCUUAUUGUUGAAUGUGGAGUUGGGAUUGCAGUACUUGUCAGAUGCUUCGUUGAUAAGAGAGGUACAGAGAAUCAGAUAGCUGACAAACUUGGAGCUGGAUUUUCUCGGGUCCCAUUUGCUACUAUAGUGGCCAUAUGCACGGCAGUUUCAUUCCUUGCAACAGUGCCGUUGGGAGAAUUGUUCUUUUUCCAUAUGAUCCUGAUACGAAAGGGUAUCACAACUUACGAGUAUGUUGUUGCCAUGAGAACUCUAAGUGAACCACCUGGUCCUUCAGUUGACGGAGGUGAACAACAGAGUCUACCAUCAUCCCCUACUAGUUCAGCCAUCACUGCAAUGAGUGGAAGAAGCUCCGUUGGGAUGAGUUUGCAGUACAAAGGUGCCUGGUGUACACCUCCAAGGAUCUUUAUGGAUCACCCGGAUGAAAUUAUACCACAUUUGGAGCCCGGACGCCUACCAUCCACUGUUGAUCCAGAUGCAGUACAACCACCUGACAAAGGGAAAAAGUUGAACCAGCGCCCUGUGCGGAUAAGUGCAUGGAAACUUGCGAAAUUGGAUUCUAAUGAGGCAACUAAGGCAGCUGCUAAAGCCAGAGCAUCAUCAUCUGUGCUUCGUCCAAUUAGUUCACGAUCUAAUGCAUAUGAUGUUGAUCAUUUAUCCAGUAGCAAUGUGAGUGGAAGAAGCAGCCCAAUUAGCAAUCAUGGAUUUCAUAACAAAUAUGAUACAGCGGGGACAUCAAGGUUAUCUCCUUCCAAGAGCUCAUACGCUCCUAGUCAAGCUAGCAAGGAUGAUAUAGAUGCAUCAUGUCAUCACAGUAUGAGCAACUUCAGCAGUCCACAAGUCUCAAACCUUACUCCUUCGCCACUGCAGAAGCCAAGUUUGAACAGUGACCAUUUCAACCCCAUGUAUCAACAACCAUCAGGAAAUCAGUCCCCUUCAUCAGCUAAAGAAAGUGAGGGGAACAUGAAUCCAGUUCAAGAAAAUAAUGUGGCACGUGUUCCAAUGAGAAGCAACAGCUUAGCUGUUUCAGAUAAUAGAAGAUCAUCAGUGUUUUGGGAUCAAGCUGCUGGACGCUUUGUCUCAUCCUCAUCAAGAGGAGGUUCUGGCAGUUCCCAGAUAUCUGGAACAGAGUUAUUGUACACUGGACGAUCUAUAUUUUUUGGCAGUCCCGUUGUGAAUGAACAACCAAACACGGGGACAAGAAUUAGCAGUUCAGUACCAGGUAUUCCGGAUAGAGAUUCUACAUUAAGGGAUUUUCAACAAGGAAGAUCAUAUAGAGGUGGCCAGCUUCCUGUGUUUGUUCCUGGUUAUUCCCAGCAAAACAAGUUCUCCUAG